ACAGCAGCCGAGGAAAAAACACCUAAAUCACCUUUUUCCAGGACUUUUUGGAAGAAGUUAUCAAGAGAAGAACUUCUGCAACACAUGCAAAGUGUAGACACAUAACGCACGAGUCUAUAUUAACUCUGAAGGGGAACAAUAACAGCUGCUGUUUUCUGAAAAUUGUUAUUUUUUGUGAGGAAAAGCACACGUGAGAACAUGUAGGAUGUCGUGCUGAAGAGGUGACAGCUAUGAUGGAUACACCGUCCAUGGAUCAUGGAGUGGUAUGCGCGCCUGUCCUCCAGAGGCUGUGGGAGCACGUGAGAAACGGACAGGAGGAAAUCCUGCUGUCACCUUACCUGCCUGCGUUCUGCGCCUUGCUGACGCAUGUCCUGUUCUGCGCACCCUUCCUCGUGCUGGACGCGCUGGGCAGCGUCUGUCAGCAGGUCCGGUCUUGGAGGAUCGCCGCGGGCUCGGGAUCGCCGCCGUCUAUCCGGCGGUGGUUUUACUGUUUCUGGAGGGUGCUGUACAAAUACCUGACCAUCGUCCUUCCCGCCACCGCGCUGUUCCAGACCCUGCGGAGCCCCACGUUCCCGGCGCUGGCUCCGUCCUGCUGGCAGCUCUUUGUGGAAGUCUUCGCGUGUUUUCUGCUUUUUGACAUGCUCUUCUUCAUAUGGCACUUCUCCAUGCACAGGGUUCCCUGGCUCUACCGUAACAUCCACCAGCUGCACCACCAGCACCACACACCCUUCGCCCUUGCAGCCCAGGAUGCCAGCUCUGCUGAGCUGCUGUCUCUGCUGCUGCUGGCUCUGAGCAGUGCCUGGGUGGUUGGCUGCCACCCUCUGAGUGAAGUCCUCUUUCAUCUCCUCAACAGCUGGAUGGCGGUGGAAGACCACUGUGGCUACAAUCUGCCCUGGGCUCUGCACAGACUGCUGCCCUUUCUGGGAGGAGCCCCCUUCCACCAAGCCCACCAUAGCCUGUACAGCAGCAACUAUGCUCCCUACUUUACCCAUUGGGACCACCUCUUUGGCACAUACCACGCAUGAGUGCUGGAUUCACAUCCAGAGUGAUGACACUGUUACAUGCAGCAAUUUGGGAGUUUACAUAUUCAGGCUGCAUCUAACUGUCAAGAUGCAUUGAAGGAUUUUUCUGCAGAUUUUACUUACUCAUGAGCAACUUUUCAUAUGCACACAUAACAAGGGAUAUAUCAACAUUCACUUUGGACAUUUCAGUAACAUACAAGACAUUGUACAAGACAUAAAGGGGACAUAUUUGAGGUACGAAAUAUACCCAUUUCAAGCUCUACAUUUUUAUUCUGGGACUCCACUAGAGCAGCUUUGACUCUUUCAUGGUUAACAAAAGUCUUAAUUCAUCUCUGUCUCUGCCUCCUAUGAAGUCCAGUUGAGCCUCUCACUGAAACAGGCAGCAUUAGCUUGGGACUCCUUAAAAAGCCCACUUCCUUUUGAUUGGCAGAACUUCUGGAAGCCUGCCUGGAGUCAGCACACACAGCCGCUGAGAGCACUACAUCAUCCUCUAACCAGUGUGGAGGUUCUGAGAGAUACCUGUAAAACUAUGUAACGUAACAUAAUUGAUUGGAAAUGGAACUUCCAUUUCACCCGUACAUGUUUGAGCCUAAAUCCGAUCAGGAACAUGGACGUGGACUGAAGCACAGCAUGAACAUCCUGCAGCAAAGAUUACAGCAAGAUGUUAGUAAACCUGCAGCAUCACUUAUUUACUGUAUAUACAAAGAGAAUUUGCCCAGCUACAGGCUAAAACUAACCAAACUCUUCCCGGCCUCAGCUGUAAUUAGCUUUGUUUGGGGGCCUAAAAUGCACAGGCACAGACAAACACAGGCACACGGGCACUUUAAGACACGUGAUCACAAAAUACCAAAUGUAACUGACUGUAUCUGAAAUAAGUAUACUGAAUCAUUCCCUAAACAGGACUAUACAUGUUAUAGUUCACUAAGAUUGUGGACAAGUCUCAUGCUCCCAGCAGUGCUUGGUACUUGGUAUGAAUUCAGACAAUGGUAUUUGGAAGAUCAUGUCUAUGGCUUGUCCUUGGCAAGUGAAUGUAGCACAGGGAUGAAAAACUUCCUGAACUAAUGUGCAACUGACCUCAUGACAUGGGUGUGUGUUUGAAUGGAAUUGUAUGCUUUCAUAUUUUUGUAGGUGUGAGGCAGCUGAUGGGUGACAGAUUUCUUUUGGUCAUUGCUGAUAAUGUGUGUAGUCAAGAGAAAGGCAAACUAAAAAGAUUUCAAAGGCAUAGAUGGACAUUUUGGAUACUUAUUUGCGUUCCUGUCAAGAGUUAGAGAAGACAGACACCAUUCUCAUUUUUGUACAGUAAAUUGAAGCUUAGCUUAGCUUAGCAGAAUGACUGGAAA